AAAAGUGAAAUGUAUCAUUGCGUUCCACAAAGCUGAGCCGGACACCAACCAGCCAAAACCACCAAACCGAAAAGGGUAGAGUGUCAGUUGUAGAACGAUUGCUGAACUUUUCACGCUAAACAAUUGUGCUGGUCUGUCGUGCCAAUCAUGAACUCGCUAGCCGCGACCUUGUUCGUCGGUAUUUUGAGUGUCACUCUGGCAUUCGAUGAGGAGUGCAUCGGCAAACGCAACGGAGCCACGUUUGCCGACCAGUACAGCUGUACCCGGUAUCGCAUCUGUCUCGGAGGGUAUCUGUCGCACGGUGAGUGCGCCAACGGCCUCUACUGGGAUAACUUCCGGCGGCUGUGCCUACCGGCAGUGCUAGUGUCAUGCAAAGCCAAGCUGCCCACAACCGUGCAGACCACACCGUACGAACCGACGCCGAGUGAUGAAAUUAUUCUGGACGUAAAUCACCCCAGUGUGCCGGACGACUUUCAGUCCGCAGAGUACAACUGUCCGGCGGAAGGUGUCCUAAGCAUACCGCACCGUCGUAGCUGCUCACAGUACGUGCUGUGUUUCGAUGGCACCGCCGUUCUGCAGCGAUGUGCUCCGGGUCUGUACUUCAAUGCGGCCCAGAGCCAGUGCACACUGCCCAGCUUGGCGAACUGCGACCUUCAGGAGCACGUCUGCCCGGAGAAGGACGAUCCACUGAAGCUGGUGUUCGUUGCCGAUCGUUUCGACUGUUCUAAGUACUACUAUUGCUACAACGGCAAGUUCCAUCCGCACAGUUGUGCCCCGGGCUUGCAUUGGGAUCCAGUAAACAACUGGUGCACGACAAUCGCCGAAUCCAGAUGUCAAAACUUCACACCCUACCGGGAGGUGAACGAGCCGACGCUCGUGCCGAAGAAAGUGAGCUGCAUGGACGAUCAAGCACGCUGGGUAAAGCAUCCCAAGAGUGAGCGCCACUACUAUCUCUGCUACAAGGGCAAAUCCAUGCUGAAGCGCUGUGACGAUGGUCUCGUUUGGGAUACCAAAACACACUCCUGCAACUACCUAAACUGAUCAGACGAAACGUUACACUGCUUUUUUGAUUGGGCUUUUAUUUUAUUUUUUAAAUAAACCAUCGAUACUACCACAACGGGAAUGCAAAUGCAAA